AGACGCCCAGGGGAACCAUGUUCCAGGCCGAGAGAGCACCUGGGGCCAGAAGCAGCCUGGUGAUUUGGAGGCGAUGCACCUGGGAUGAAGGGAGCGAGGGGCUGAGACAGAGAAGUAAUGGGGGUGUUUGGGUCAUGCAGGGCCUCACAGACUCUCUCUGAGGGCUUUGGCUUUGACCCUGACCCUAACGGGGAGCUAGUGCAGGGUUCUGAACGGGGGAGUGACGUGACCUGUUGUGUGGGGUCUCAUGCAGACCAGUUGGAGGCUAUUGCGGAAGUCCGGGGAAGAGAGGCUCAGGCCAAGAUGGUGGAAGCUGCCUUUGGAAGGGGAAAUAACAUCGUAGCACGAGGGCUGCCCAGGACAGAAGACGAAGCUGACUCCUGUGGGCCUUGGGGAAGUGCCAAAUGCAGUGCCUAUCACAAAUGCACCCAUAGGCAGCCGGGACCGAUGAGCUUUCUGUGAGGCCUCUGAGACCGACCCACCUGCCCAGUCCUGUCCUGGGGGGUGGGGGUGGGGGUGCAGUGACGGCAGAUGGGCGUGCCAGCCGCCGGAUUCCUGAGAACCGCCCUGCAGUGGGCGACGCCCAGCUGGGGAGUCUCCAGAGGUGAGGUCCUCUGAGGGGCUUGCCCCAGUGGCUGAAGAUGAGGCCGCUUCUCCUCCUGUGCUUUGUCUGCCCCGGCCUCCUGUGUGCCCAGCAAGCCUGCUCCCGUGGGGCCUGCUAUCCCCCUGUCGGGGACCUGCUCAUCGGGAGGACCCGGUUUCUCCGAGCUUCGUCCACCUGCGGACUGACCAAGCCUGAGACCUACUGCACCCAGUAUGGCGAGUGGCAGAUGAAAUGCUGCAAGUGUGAUUCUAGGUUGCCUCACAAUUACAAUAGUCACCGAGUGGAGAAUGUGGUUUCGUCCUCGGGCCCCAUGCGUUGGUGGCAGUCACAGAAUGAUGUGAACCCUGUCUCUCUGCAGUUGGACCUGGACAGGAGGUUCCAGCUUCAAGACAUCAUGAUGGAUUUUAAGGUAUGCUUCCUGGAGAUGGCAGUGGAUAGGAGAGGGGGACUCUGA